UCUUGAACGUGGCAGUCACAAACAUGGCGGCUAGAUGAGAGUUUAAAGUUUGUUUCCGCGUGUGUAUGCUGAAAAACGCAAUUUUAACCCACAUAUAUAAAAUCCGAUUUAUCAGUUUAAUUGCAAGUAGCUUUAUAUGUAACUGAGAAUGGCUGCCUGGGCUGGAUUUUCAGAGGAAGAACUGCAACGAUUAAAACACAACGACGAGCUCAUAAACCAGGCUGUGUCAGUCACAUUGGGUCGCGGCCGGAGAGCCGCUCCGACUAACCGGAGCAGACAGCAGCUGCAGCGGGAAAGAGCUCUGCAGCUGGCAGCCAAACAGAAGGAGGACAGCCAGUCUCUUCCACCCGAACAACAGCUUACCAAGCCCCCAGAGCCUCCUGCUGUCACUCUUCCUGCUCCUGUCAAACCGAAGGACGAGUCCAACCCGUUGGAGACGCAACUGGUUAAACAUGAAGCAGAACCUGCUAAACAUGACCCAGAAUCACCUGCAGAGUCUGCGCCUCCUGCAGUCAUCAAGGAGCUGGACAAAGAGGAAGUGGAAUUGCGAGAGAACAACCGUCUGCAGCAGUUGCAGUGGGAGCAACGGAUAAUGGAAGAGAAGAAUAAGAAAAGAAAAGCUCUCCUUACAAAAACCAUUGCUGAAAAGUCCAAACAGACACAGGCUGAAACUGUGAAACUGAAGAAGAUCCAGAGAGAGCUUCAGUUGCUGGAUGAUUCUGUGUCCAGCGACAUUGGGAUUCUCAGGAAACUGAUAGAGCAAUCCAGCAUGGAUUACUCCCAGGCAUGGAAGCGCUUUGAGAAAGCAGAGGCUGAGUAUGUUGCUGCUAAGAUGGACUUGCACAGGAAAACGGAAGUGAAAGAGCAGCUGACAGAGCACCUGUGUGCAAUCAUCCAACAGAAUGAGCUGCGCAAGGCCCAAAAACUGGAGGACUUGAUGCUUCAGCUAGAACUUAAUGCUGAGGAAGACCCCAGCGCCGAGGAAACCGAUCUAGAUGACAAAGAGAGGGAGGCCAACUCCCAACCUGUUACUGAAAAUUGUCCUGCAGCAGACACAGAGGGGUGUACAGAGGUGCACGGCUCAAGUAUGAGCAAAGGCAGUUCCAUUACAGAACCAAAGAUCAGUCAAGACAAUCAGGAGAGCGAAGCAACAGAUGUUUCUGUAGAUGGGCUAAGCUAGCUUCCAAACAUUGUUAAUUUAAAAGAGCCUGUAUGACGCCUUACAUAACACUUGCUACCUGCUUUAGAAAUUGUUUGAGUGUCAAACAAUCCAACAGUCCUACAUUUUGUGAGGAUAAAAGACAGCCUCCGUCUGAUAUUUAUGUCAGUUAAGUUUCCAAAUACUGUGAGGGUUAUUCCAUUACUACUUGCAUUAAAAAAGGCCCAAAUAUUGAUUAUGAUCUGUUAAGCUUGUUUUUUGGUUUUCAUUGAGGGUGUUACAUGAUCCUAAAUGUGGGAAGUAUUUUAUUGUGGUUUCUUUGGAUGUCAGUCAUUUGUCAAAUUUAAUCUGUUUUCCAUUAAGUAAAUGGACUACAAUUCUCUUGAAAACACUAUAAAAAUACUAAAUACUGUUUAGCUUUACUGAUUGUUCCAUAACUUUGGCAUUAAUCUAAAUGGAAUGGUGUCAUAUGGCCGGUGGUGGAUUGUUGUGAUUUGUUUCACAUGAUGUUGCACAAGUGAAUGGUGGAAUCUUUCCUCUGUAUAUGGCUUUUCUCAUAAAAAUAACUUUAUGCAAAUGUUAACAAAUCAAUAACAGCAGAUUUUAUUAUACAAAGCUGACAGUUUGCUCAGCACAGAACCAUUAUUUUUGUACUGUAAAAAACCUAUUGGAGAGUGGGAAGUGGAAUGCCAUGUUUGUUUUUGUCUCGUUUAUUAACAUUUGCUAUAUAUAUAUAUAUAUAUAUAUAUAUAAUAAUAAUAAAUCUUGGAUUCACUAUGCAGAGGUUUUCACCAACACUAAAUCAUAUAAUAUAUAAUAAUAUGUUUGUUAUUACGUUUUUGUUAUUCAAAAGAUUUUUGAAAGACUGAACAUUUUACUUGAUAUAUAAUUAUGAAUGUCAUGCAUUUUACUAUAUUUGUGUGCAUAUAAUGGUUUUAAAAUAUGCCAUGAAUUCAGUUGUUGGUGAAUAAAGUGUUUUAAUAUUUUAA